UGAGCGCCGUCGCGCCGCCGUUCCGGGCAGGUCCGCGCAGACAUGCAGCGGCGGAGGCCGGGCGCGCCCCUGGGCCUCGCCCCCGCGCGGGGGCUCUGAGCGCCGGCCGUCCCCAUGACUGCGCCCUGGCGAGACUCGCCGCGCUGAGCCGCCUCGGGACGGAGCCAUGCGGCGCUGGUCCUGGGCCGUGGUCGUGGUCCUCCUCGGGCCGCAGCUCGUGCUCCUCGGGGGCGUUGGGGCCCGGCGGGAGGCACAGAGGACGCAGCAGCUCGGCCAGCGUGCAGAUCUCCCCAACGCCACCGCCAGCGCGUCCUCCCGCGAGGGGCUGCCCGAGGCCCCCAAGCCAUCCCAGGCCUCAGGACCUGAGUUCUCCGAUGCCCACAUGACAUGGCUGAACUUUGUCCGGCGGCCAGACGAUGGCACCUCGAGGAAGCGGUGUGGAAGCAGGGACAAGAAGCCGUGGGAUCUCUUCGGUCCCCCAGGACCUCCUGGGCCCCCUGGUCCCCCAGGACCUCCAGGUGCAGAAGUGACCCCGGAGACUCUGCUUCUCGAGUUUCAGGAGCUGCUGAAAGAGGCCACGGAGCACCGGUUCUCAGGGCUUCUGGACCCGCUGCUGCCCCAGGGGGUGGGCCUUCGGCUGGUGGGCGAGGCCUUUCACUGCCGGCUGCAGGGCCCCCACCGGGUGGACAAGCGGACGCUGGUGGAGCUGCAUGGUUUCCAGGCUCCUGCUGCCCAAGGUGCCUUCCUGCGAGGCUCCGGUCUGAGCCUGGCCUCAGGUCGGUUCACAGCCCCCGUGUCCGGCAUCUUCCAGUUCUCUGCCAGUCUGCACGUGGGGCUGUCUCCGCAGACCACAGUGAGCUGCAGGGCAAGGCCCGGCUGCGGGCCCGGGACGUGGUGCGUGUUCUCAUCUGUAUUGAGUCCCUGUGCCAGCGCCACACGUCCCUGGAGGCCGUCUCAGGCCUGGAGAGCAACAGCAGGGUCUUCACAGUACAGGUGCAGGGGCUGCUGCAGCUUCAGGCUGGACAAUACACUUCUGUGUUUGUGGACAAUGGCUCCGGGGCCGUCCUCACCAUCCAGGCGAGCUCCAGCUUCUCCGGGCUGCUCCUGGGCACGUGAGGGCGCCGAGGGGGGCUGGGUGAGGAGCUGCCGCCGGAUCCCGGUACCCUCCCACUGAUGCCCGUGGUCACCACAAUAAAGAGCUCUCCACCCUCCCCACCA